AGAAGUUCUCCAGUUACUGUAGCCCUAAUUUGGCCUGGCGGCCUCAUCGGCAAUGGCACUAAGAAAUGGGAAGUACUAAUACACCAAUCAUCAACCUAAAUCCAGCUACAGAUGUAGGUCCUAUACUGCCCACUGUUGAUGAUAAGACAGGAGUGCCACAAUCGAACAUUCCAUUCUACCAUGAACUGUGGUUCAUUAUACUAAUGGCAAUUCUUGGGUUGAUGUGUGUAGCUAUUUUCUUGUCCAUCCUACUACAAAAGGCAGUAAAUAAACAACCAUACAAACGAGAAAGGCCACCUUUAAUUCCAUUAAAGAAGAGGACUAAUCUACCUAAUGAAUCCUUCAUGUUUGAUGCCAUUGCAGCAACCUCCGAUGCUUCAAGUUCUGUCACAUUGAAGAGUUACACAAUGUGUUUCGAGGGGCUUACGGACACCAAAAUUUCAGAACAUAGAUCUCACAUGAGUAACUGCAACAUGUCAGUGAUACAUGUGCCAAGCCGGAGUCAGCUGGGUCACACCAGUUCUCAGACUUCCCUGCACCGCAGCGUCAGUCAGCUGGUCGAUACCCAUGACAAGAAAUCCCUGAUGGAAAGCUCAGUGUGGGAAUUCUUUGCACAGGGACGUGACAGUGGAAUGUACCCAGAUGAUGAUGAACUAUUGGAGUCUAUCAAAGGUUUUAGUUCAGUUACAAAAGAGCACACAAUAUUUACAGACACCCAGUUAUAAGAAAAAUACUCCACAAUCAGGUUCCUCUACCUUUAAAGUAUUGUGUGUUGUUUAUAUGUUUCUUUGUUUUGAAAAAAAUUGGGAGGCAAAUCAAAGAUUAUCAGUUAGUGGCUACAAUUGCCAGUUUUCAGCAGCAGUAUUUCGUUUCCUAUGAAUUUUAAUUUUGGCGUAAAUCUUAAUUCCACAAGUUGCAAUCCAGAGUGUGAAAAGCUUUUUGACCAGCAGAGGGCGGCAUUUUAGAGUUUUUGUGUGUGUGAGUGUGUGUGAAAAUACUAUCUCAAUUAAAGAUAUAAAAUUCAAUGAAUGACACCUGUACAACUUCAUCUUCAUACCAAGUCAAGGUUCAGGGAAAUCUGAAAUGAAGAAAGGAAAGCUAAAGACUAGCUACAAGGUAAUAUAUUAGCCAGAUAGGAAAACCAAAUUAAUAUUACAGUUAAGUAACUUUUAUUGCUCCCUCCGCACCUAAGCUGAUCCAAAUUUCUGCCUUCCAUAUUCCAGCUAGUACCAAGUCUAUUCACCCAUCACCUUUACACAGGUAUAUCCAUUAUCUCCUUAGCUGACUAAUUCUACAAUUAUAAAAUUCCCUCCGUUUCUAUUUAUGUUAUACAAACAAGCUGAAGAAUACAUUAAAAUAAAGUAAAUAAUCCUGUAA